CACUAGAUAUCUCUGUUAGUAUCCACUGCUUUCGCUUGUUAUCACACAAAACACUGGCCGAAGAGUAUUUUUACCAUGAAAUUUAAUAUCGUGACUAUCUUAGCCUUCUUCCAGCUUACAUUUUUCGUCGCCUUUGCUGCACCAAUCAGCUCUGUCAGUGGAUCUUUGUCGUCCUACGUCCUUGUGUUUGAAAACGGCGCAAACACACCCCAAGCCUAUAUCGAUAAGGUCAAGCGCAAAAUCCAACGAUUGAAGGGCAAGAUCACCUAUGAGUAUUCCACGGUUUUAACCGGCUUCCAGAUUGAGAUCGAUGACGCCAGAGUGAACGAAUUGAAAGUCUUAUCUCGCUCUGGUCCACUGUCCAAGGCAGGCAAAAACAAAAACUCCUUGGAAACAUUUUACUUGGAGAAAGACAGCCAAGUUUCUGCUUAUAUUUGAUCAGUAUGUCCCUUAGAUGACGUGACACAUGCACUGCUCACCCGUAUACGCAAAAAUCACUGAAAUCCCACCCUUGUGCUUCUCGAUAUACUUAUCUCUAGCUUGUAUCGAGCUCCAAGUAAUGUUCGAGGCUUGGGUACCAGAUAGCUACUGACUUUCUGCUUCUACCUGUUGGCAUGAAACCCGCAGUCGACCCCAACUCAGAUCAUUUAUUCCAAGCCCCAUUUCCUCGGAAAGGAAUAGCCUGCGCUGGAGAUUAGUGCUGCGAAAAAGUAUUACCUGGAGUCCCGGGGUGGAUAGACUUUCUUUUACAUUCUAUAGACACCCCUCCUGAAGAAUGGCAUUUCAUACAAGAGUUUUGAUAGAUCAUAUUGCGCGAAUGUACUGUAAUCCGACACCAACCUAUAUUUGA